AUGGAUAAGUGGCUAAAUAGAGUAACAGACAAUAAAUCUACGUCUGAAAACUGUCCAGUAAGUUCUGCUUCAAAGUUGGAAAGCGCAAGUCAAGAUGUGAAUUAUCCUAUGAAAAUAAGAAAAUGUUUAAGAAAAUAUGAUCCUGAUUACAUUAAUAUUGGAUUCACGGUCAUAGACGUAAGCAAUGAACCUCGAACUCAAUGUGUUAUCUGUUUUGAAAUUCUUUCUAACCAAUGUAUGAAACCGUCCUUAUUAAAACGUCACCUUUCUACAAAACAUUCGACGUUAGAAAACAAACCAAAGGACUAUUUCGUUCGAAAAUUGUCUGAGAUGAAAAGCACGAAGAAAAUUAUAUCAUCUUUUAGCGGUAGUACUGAAAAAGCAGUGGAAGCAUCUUUCUUAGUGAGCUUAAGAAUAGCGAAGUGUGGAAAACCUCAUACCAUCGGCGAAGAACUGAUUUUACCGGCGGCAAAAGAUAUGGUAACUUGUAUGUUAGGUGUUCCGUCAGCUAAACAACUUGAUAUGAUAUCACUGUCAAAUGAUACAGUUCGCCGCAGGAUUGAAAAUGUAUCAAACUAUGCUCAACUUAUGGUUUACGUGCGGUAUGUAUUUCAAACUGUAAUUAAAGAGGAUUUUUUAUUUUGUGAAGCACUAUCAACACGAACUACCGCUGACGAAAUAUUUAAAAAGUUGAACCACUUUUUUGUUGAAAAUGGAUUAAACUGGAAAAAGUGUGUUGGCUUCUGUUCUGACGGUGCUCGAGCUAUGACAGGUAAACAUGGAGGUGUUGCGAGUAAAAUUAAAUUGGUUACAGAAAAUUGUACUUUCAUACAUUGCAGCAUCCACAGGGAAGCUUUAGUAGUAAAACGUAUGCCAGAACAAUUUAAACUAGUACUCCAGGAAGCCAUAAAGGUAGUCAAUUUUAUUAAAUCUCGGGCUCUACAGUCUCGUUUAUUUACAAAACUGUGUUCCGAAAUGGGAAGUGAUCACAUUCAAUUGCUUUUACAUACGGAAGUGAGAUGGCUCUCUCGAGGAAGAAUGCUUAGCAGGUUAUUUGAACUACAUUCUGAGGUUCAGUUAUUCCUAGGAGAGACUAAUUUUGAACUCAAAGAUAAAUUGACAGAUAACCUGUGGAUAACAACAUUGGCAUACUUAUCAGACAUUUUCAAUCGUCUCAAUGUAUUAAAUUUAAGUUUACAAGAACAUGAACUUCAAGUGGAAGCUGAUCUCGUAAAAAACAUAAGACACCAUUGCAAAAUGCUAAAAACAACGUUUGAAGAAUAUUUUAAAGAAGAUUAUUCUGAAUUUUUUUGGAUAAGAAACCCAUUCAUUUUGGAUUUGGAUGAUAUUCCUAAGACACUAACAAACAAUGAAAAAGAAUCUUUGAUAGAAUUGUCAUGCGAUGAAAGUUUGAAAAUGGAAUUUACUAAAUUAGAAUUGGAUAAAUCUGAUUUAAAUAUAAUGAUAACAGAUGAACUGAUGACACAAGAAAAUUGGAGAAAUAAAGCAGACCAACCAUAUCAAAAUUAA